GCUUCCGGGCACGCUGUUGCAUCAGCUCGCGAGCGGCGGGAGGAGGAGCAGCAGCAGGAUGGCAGCGGCCGCCGCCGAGCAGGCUUCCAGCUACAGUUUUAUUCUGAGCAUUAGAGAAGAGGAAGCCAGGGUGAAGGCUUUGAAUGAAUACCUGAGCACUCGUAGUUAUAUCCAGGGGUUCACAUUUUCACAUGCAGAUGUGGAGGUAUUCAGAAAGUUUUUGGGGCCACCUGAGGACCAGUAUUUCCAUGUUGUCCGGUGGUACAGACACAUAGAAGCAAUCUAUGAUGGCAGCAGUGAAAAAAAUGAGCCUUGUAAACUUCAAACAAGUAAAGGCAAGCGUAUGCAGCCUCACUGGUCUCCCCCUGAAGGGACAAAACAUUCUAGACUCUGCCUCUAUAAUAGCCUGACUCGCAAUAAGGAAAUAUUUCAACCUCAGAAUGGAAAAAAGGUCACAUGGUAUUGCUGUGGUCCAACAGUAUACGAUGCUUCUCACAUGGGACAUGCCAGGUCAUACAUCUCAUUUGAUAUUCUGAGAAGAAUCUUUAGGGAUUAUUUUAAAUUUGAUGUUUUCUAUUGUAUGAAUAUUACAGAUAUUGAUGAUAAGAUCAUCAAGAGAGCAAGACAAAAUUACCUUUUUGAACAGUAUACAGAGAACAAACCAACACCAGCUCAGCUACUUGAAGAUAUUAAAACUGCCUCAGAGCUCUUUUCAAUUAAAUUAAAUGAGACAACUGACCCAGAUAAAAAGCAGAUGUUGGAAAGAAUUCAGAGUGCAGUGAAGUCUGCUUUUGACCCUCUAGAAGAAGCUAUGCGAGAGAAACUCCCCACAGAAGAGAUCCACAGAUACCACAAGAUACUGUUGGAAGAAGCAAAAGAUUUGCUGUCUGACUGGUUGGAUGCAAAAUUUGGCAGUCAGGUGACUGAUAAUUCCAUAUUCUCUAAGCUCCCCAAGUUCUGGGAAGCAGAAUUUCAUAAAGACAUGGAAGCUCUCAAUGUUUUACCUCCUGAUGUUUUAACACGAGUUAGUGAGUAUGUCCCAGAAAUUGUGGAAUUUGUUAAAAAGAUUGUGGAUAAUGGUUAUGGAUAUGUGUCCAAUGGAUCUGUAUACUUUAAUACUAUGAAAUUUGAUUCUGCUGAGAAACACUCCUAUGCAAAGUUGGUUCCUGAAGCUGUAGGUGAUCAAAAAGCUCUUCAAGAGGGUGAAGGUGACUUGAGUAUCUCAACUGAUCGCUUGAGUGAGAAGCAUUCUCCAAAUGAUUUUGCUUUGUGGAAAUCCUCCAAGCCAGGAGAGCCCUCAUGGGACUCUCCAUGGGGAAAGGGCCGUCCAGGUUGGCACAUCGAAUGUUCUGCAAUGGCUGGAUCCAUUCUAGGAGAGUCGAUGGAUAUUCAUGGAGGAGGAUUUGAUCUCCGUUUUCCACACCAUGACAAUGAACUGGCACAGUCUGAGGCAUACUUUGAAAAUGAUCACUGGGUUCGAUAUUUUCUGCAUACUGGCCACUUAACAAUUGCUGGCUGUAAAAUGUCCAAAUCUUUAAAGAAUUUCAUUACCAUAAAAGAUGCACUGAAGAAGCAUACAGCCCGGCAGUUACGAUUGGCUUUCCUCAUGCACUCUUGGAAGGAUACACUGGAUUAUUCAAAUAAUACCAUGGAGUCAGCUAUUCAAUAUGAGAAGUUUAUGAGUGAAUUCUUUUUAAAUGUGAAGGAUAUUCGUCGAGCUCCCACUGAUGUGUCAGGCCAGUUUCAGAAAUGGGGAAACCAAGAAGCAGAGCUGAACAAAAAUUUUUAUGACAAGAAGGCAGCAAUUCACGAAGCACUGUGUGACAAUAUUGAUACUCGCUCUGUCUUAGAAGAAAUGCGUUCAUUAGUCAGUCAGAGCAACUGCUAUAUUGCUGCAAAGAAAUCUUCCAGACAAAUGCCAAACAGACUUCUUUUAGAAAACAUCAGUUCCUAUCUAACUCAAAUGCUAAAGAUAUUUGGUGCCAUAGACAAUGAUGAUGCAAUUGGGUUUCCUGUUGGAGGAAAUAGUCAAAACGUAAAUAUUGAAUCUGCAGUGAUGCCGUAUCUACAAGUUCUUUCUGAGUUCAGAGAGGGAGUGCGACAAAUUGCCAGAGAGAAGAAAGUAACUGAAGUGCUGCAGUUGAGUGAUGCUCUUCGAGAUGAUGUCCUUCCUGAACUGGGUGUUCGAUUUGAAGAUCAUGAAGGGCUGCCAACUGUGGUCAAAUUAGUGGAUAAGGACACAUUAUUGAAAGAAAGAGAAGAAAAGAAAAAGAUUGAAGAAGAGAAGAAAAGGAAGAAAGAAGAAGCAGCCAGAAGAAGACAAGAGCAGGAGGCAGCAAAACUGGCAAAGAUGAAGAUUCCACCACACGAAAUGUUUAAAUUGGAACGUGAUAAAUAUUCCAUAUAUGAUGAAAACGGGUUUCCUACCCAUGAUAUAGAAGGCAAAGAACUCAGCAAAGGACAAAUUAAGAAGCUGAAGAAACUUUAUGAAACCCAAGAAAAGCUAUAUAAGGAGUAUCUACAAAUGGUUCAGAAUGGAAGUGCAAAUUGACAGCAACAGGACUUUUUUUAAAAGGCGAGUGCUGAGUCAUCAUUGAAAAGUGAGCAUAUAUUGAUGCUCAUCUCUAUGUUUACACUUUCUAUUAUGUGCAAAGUGAAAAUCCUGUUUACAUGGAUUAAUAAUGUCAUCUGGAAAGUCAAUAAAAAUCCAUUCUUAAGCAAA